UCAUCAAUUGUCUCUUUAAACGAUCGCUAAGUCCUUACAACUGAUCCCAACUGAAGACAACACACAACUGAACCACAAAUGAGUGUCCGAUAUAUAGCGGCCGGCUUUCGGCAGGACAUGGAAGCGCUGUUCUCGCGGUUUAUGGCCAAAGAGGACGAGCACACCAUCGAUGACCGGACCAGUGGUGAUGAGACCCAGAGUGUGGUUAGUCUGCGGUUCAGUCGCUUCUGCGAGAUCUGGCGUGAGAUGUGCUUCUCGUAUGUCUUCAGAUUACGUGUCAAUGAGAACGAGUUGAGGGAAUUUGUGGACGAAAUCUAUUUGGAAGUCCUCCCGAAUGUGGCCGAAGACCAUCCCCUCGACCGUCGCGUCUGUGCUCUCUAUCUGUUGUACUCUUUGUUUCAAAAACAGCCCAAACUGUCGGACAAAGUGAGGGACAGACAGAAGAUAAGAAUCAAUUUCUCAUAUUUGGAGCAAAUCCGAGAUCUCAUCGAAAGGUGCAAACGCUUGGAACAGUUGGACGUCUGCUAUGUCUGGUAUAAACUGUUGUCUUUAGGAGCCGUCCAUUUGGUUCACGUCUCGCGACUUAUGGGUCCGCUAUAUAUCCGCAACAGUCGGGUCACGAAUGAGACGCAAACCAAAACAGACUUUCUUAUCGAUCAGUUCCAGACAUCACUGAAUCAGCCGUUCGAGGAGUUGUCGCACAUUCACGAGAAGUACAGAGCCAUGAAAGAGGCCUUAUAUGACGAGAGCCCGCAAACCAAACAAUUGGAUCAAAUCCAAGACAAUAUGUUUGAGUUGAGUAAAGCAAAAAUGGAUAACUUGGCCAAAGAGUUCACUAACACUGCCGUCAAGACAUCGGUUGACAAUCAAAUGGACGGCGAAGAGGAAGACAGCGAUGGAGUGAAUCAAACGUAUGAUCCGAUCGGAGAAAAGCGACGAAAAUUAAAGGAAAAAGCCUUCGGUUUUGGGAUUAAGAGUAAGACAGAAGUGAUGAAUGAGACAACAGUUGGACAUAAUCUCAAUGAAAGCAAAACACAGACUAAAAUCAAACGCAGAGGUCGACCAAAGGUCUCGAAAUUGACGGAAAUUUUAUAAUUUAUAAAUCAAUUGAUCCCUUAUUGGAAAAGUUAGCAAAUUAUUUAUUUUCCUAUAUACGGUAUACACAGACUAAAC